GGUAAAUUAGUGAAUUCUUACUACGGUCACACUUUGCGCAGUAAACAGAGAUUUUAUCGUGUAGUGUAGAAGAAAAGUACAGAAUUAAUGGUAAAAGCGCAUGAGAGCAGCCAAAUAAAAGUGCCUGGAUAAACCAAGUACCUCUGCACACUUCCCACUUAGCACAGGCGACCCAAAUUACGACGAACGUUUUCUAAUUACGCAUUCCAAGCAUGGAUGAGGCGAACAUACAGGACAAGGAGCGGUUCGCGAGCCGCGAGAACCACUGCGAGAUCGAACGACGUCGCCGCAACAAGAUGACCGCCUACAUCACGGAACUCUCAGACAUGGUGCCCACCUGCAGUGCCCUGGCCCGCAAACCGGACAAGCUCACCAUACUCCGCAUGGCAGUGGCCCACAUGAAGGCACUGCGUGGCACCGGCAACACCAGCACCGAUGGCACCUACAAACCCUCUUUCCUAACCGACCAGGAGCUGAAGCACCUUAUCCUGGAGGCGGCCGAUGGUUUCUUGUUUGUGGUAUCCUGCGAUUCCGGACGGGUGAUCUAUGUAUCUGAUUCGGUAACUCCCGUGCUGAACUACACCCAAAGCGAUUGGUACGGCACUAGCCUGUAUGAGCACAUUCAUCCCGAUGAUCGCGAGAAAAUACGCGAGCAACUAUCCACCCAGGAGUCGCAAAAUGCCGGCCGCAUCCUGGACCUUAAAUCGGGAACUGUGAAAAAGGAGGGCCACCAGUCCAGCAUGCGCUUGAGCAUGGGUGCUCGUCGUGGAUUCAUCUGCCGCAUGCGGGUGGGCAAUGUAAACCCGGAGUCCAUGGUCUCUGGGCACUUGAAUCGUCUCAAACAAAGAAACUCCCUCGGACCUUCAAGGGAUGGCACCAACUACGCCGUGGUGCACUGCACGGGUUAUAUCAAGAACUGGCCGCCCACCGAUAUGUUCCCCAACAUGCACAUGGAGCGCGAUGUCGACGAUAUGAGCUCGCACUGCUGCCUGGUGGCUAUCGGUCGUCUGCAGGUCACCUCUACGGCGGCUAACGAUAUGAGUGGAUCGAACAAUCAAAGCGAGUUCAUCACACGUCACGCAAUGGAUGGCAAGUUUACGUUUGUGGAUCAGCGUGUUCUUAACAUAUUGGGAUAUACGCCUACUGAGCUUCUGGGGAAGAUCUGCUAUGAUUUUUUUCAUCCCGAGGACCAGAGCCACAUGAAGGAGAGCUUCGACCAGGUGCUCAAGCAAAAGGGACAGAUGUUCUCGCUGUUGUACAGAGCCAGAGCUAAGAAUUCGGAGUACGUCUGGCUCCGCACACAGGCUUAUGCCUUUCUGAAUCCGUACACCGACGAGGUGGAAUACAUAGUGUGCACCAACAGCUCUGGCAAGACCAUGCACGGUGCUCCACUGGAUGCUGCGGCUGCUCAUACGCCCGAACAAGUGCAACAACAACAGCAGCAGCAGGAGCAACAUGUUUACGUUCAGGCUGCCCCAGGAGUGGACUAUGCGCGCCGCGAGCUAACUCCAGUGGGCAGUGCCACGAACGAUGGCAUGUACCAGACGCACAUGCUGGCCAUGCAGGCACCUACGCCUCAACAGCAACAACAACAGCAACGGCCAGGAUCGGCGCAAACCACACCUGUCGGAUAUACCUACGACACCACGCACUCGCCGUACAGUGCUGGAGGACCAUCGCCGUUGGCUAAGAUACCCAAGUCCGGCACCUCUCCCACGCCGGUGGCACCAAACUCCUGGGCAGCACUGCGUCCCCAGCAGCAACAGCAGCAGCAGCCCGUGACCGAAGGCUAUCAGUACCAGCAGACGAGUCCGGCAAGGUCGCCGAGUGGUCCAACCUAUACCCAAUUGAGUGCCGGGAACGGAAAUCGCCAGCAAGCGCAGCCAGGUGCAUAUCAGCCGGGUCCACCGCCGCCUCCCAAUGCACCGGGAAUGUGGGACUGGCAGCAGGCUGGAGGUCACCCGCAUCCGCCGCACCCAACGGCGCAUCCGCACCAUCCACACGCUCAUCCUGGAGGACCGGCAGGAGCAGGACAGCCGCAGGGUCAGGAGUUCUCAGAUAUGCUGCAGAUGUUGGAUCACACGCCGACCACGUUUGAGGAUCUGAAUAUCAACAUGUUCAGCACGCCGUUUGAGUAAUCCCCACACCAUUUCUUUCGAUUCCCACUACCCCCACUUAAUCUGUGUCUCUCUUAACCACUUCUCAAGUGCAAUCCAUCUUACAUUGUUGAAAUAAUUCAGCCAAACGCAUGCAAAUUGUAAUCUCGUAAAUAGCAUUUUAAGUACAUAGCGGUAGUCACGUACACGAUUCAGAUAUCUUUAUUUUUGUGUGCUACGUCUUCACUUCCACCUCCCGUUUCCAUUAGCCCAACCCGCUCCCACUUAACCCGCUCAUUGGCCGUGCAAAAGUAUUUACAAUUAAGGCCUUACGAUUGUUCGUAACUAAAGGCAAUGUGUUUACACCGCUAUAUAGCCUAUGAAUUCUAAACUUUCUCAUCGAUUCUAUAGGAUUAAGUUCAUGAGUGACACACUGUGUGCAGAGUAUUCAUUUGUAUUUUUCAUUGAGCAUUUCAAAGUUCAUGCAACGUAUAAAUAAAUAAAUAUAAAAUUCGUAGCUUAAUAUACCACAAAUUGAUAUUUGUAAGCAACACAGCAAGUGCGCCACUUCCACGCUUUUCCCGCGAACAACAUUGACACCAUUUCCCAUUAAUUUUUGCUCAUUUUUCGCCAAUGCAAUCAGAAGUAGACGCAAAGAAGCAAACAAUAUACGCUCUACGGUAUGUGUACACAUGCUUAAUGUGCAGCUUUUCAUUUGGUUUUAAUUGCAUAAUAUGCAGCGACAACGAAAACUUCCAAGCUCAAUACAAUGGCGCUCAAAAUGAAAUCGCACUCACUCAAAUAAGACCAUUUAAUUACGUCAAGUUCAAACAUUACAUUAGUUAGUUAAGCUCACUUCGAGAGAACAAAUUCUAAACCACUUUUUAGUCGCUAAGUCCCAACAUUUGUAAGUAAGCAACCACAACGAUGAUAAUGCUUAAACUUUGGGUAUUGAGAAUAAAAAUUUUGGUUUUUAAUGAAAAUAAACUUAAUGUACUACAA